AUGGCGAAGCGAAUUUUCGCACUAUUGGUCUGCCAAUUGGUUGCCAUUUCACUCUUUUGUGCUGGGUUUUUCCCCCAAAAGAAAGUACUUAAAGGUGAUGCUAAAUUUCUAAUUGAACCUGAUCUGCAAAGCAAGACCAAACCAGUGUUUAGCAAGUUUGUCUUAGUUGUGAUCGACGCUCUUAGAAGUGAUUUCGUCUUUGAGGAAUCAAAGUCGCACUUCUUUCAGCUCCAUUCCUUGCUUGAACAAGGCAAUGCUUGGGGCUUCACGGCUUUCUCCAAUCCGCCGACAGUUACACUACCGAGACUGAAAGGUAUUACCACUGGAUCAACGCCUAAUUUUCUGGAUGCCAUUUUGAACGUUGCUGAGGGCGAUUCUUCGUCUAACUUGAAUGAGCAGGACUCUUGGGUUAAACAAUUUGUCAAUUAUAACAAGAGAAUUAGGUUCUUCGGAGAUGAUACAUGGCUUAAAUUAUUCCCACUCGACUUCUUUGACGAGUACGAAGGUACCAAUUCUUUCUUUGUUAGUGAUUUUGAACAAGUCGAUCAUAACGUCACCAGGCAUAUCUCGGAACAGUUGAUGAAUCAGGAAGACUGGGAUGUUUUGAUAUUGCAUUACUUGGGUUUAGAUCACAUUGGGCACAAAGGUGGAUCAGAUUCGCAAUUCAUGCCUGCGAAGCACCAGGAAAUGGACGAGAUAAUUGGGCAAAUUUACGAAAAUUCUGGUAAUGACACGCUGAUUUGCGUCAUGGGUGACCAUGGAAUGAAUGAUAAUGGUAACCAUGGAGGCUCUUCAUCGGGAGAAACGUCGGCGGCCAUGGUCCUGAUGUCCAAGAAACUGCAGGAUUAUGAAGUGCCUGCGCAACAAAAGUUAGUUCGCCUACCCGUUAAGGAUACCUCUACAAAUCCUACGUACCAGUAUUUGACAUCAAUACAGCAGGUGGAUUUGGUCCCCACUCUGGCAACCCUUUUCAACUUUCCAAUACCCAAAAACAGCGUAGGUGUGGUAAUUCGCGAAACGCUGCAGCUGUUGGAUGAUAAACUGGCAGCCAUUAAAGUUCAGGAAAACUUUCGGCAACUGCAAUCUGUAAAAAGAAGCCACAAGGAUACAGAUGAUGUCUUCGAGAAUCUUGACGCCACUUUUCAAAAAAUGAGAGAUAUUCAGAGCGAAUUGAUGAGGUCUGCUACAGACUACAAUUACGAGUUUUUGUACCUGGGCCUUCUGAUACUUCUGGUUUCCACCAUGGCUGCGAUGGCGGCAGGUUUGCAGCAGAUCAGGCUUGAAAAGCCCUUCUUCAUCAUUUUAACCAUUUCGCUGAUUGUGGGACUCUCGAGUUUCGGAAGUAGUUUUGUGGAGGAAGAGCAUCAAAUAUGGUGGUGGAUCGCUACUGGAGGAGUCCUGCUAUCCAGCUUGCACCUUCCUGAUAAGAAAUUUACACACUUGAUAAUAUUGCUCUGCCUAAGAAUAAUACGAGGCUGGAAUAACAGCGGUCAAAAGCAUUUCUAUGAAAACACCAUCUUUGAGAUUUUAAAGCGUAACCCCAUUCAACAAUGGUACCUGAAUUUUUUCACCAUUUUCGGCUUGGGUCUCCUUCAGAGCGACCUCCUCUCCUUUGUGUCCACUUUGUUGGUCAGCAUGCUUUGCUUCGUCUACAAGGUAAGUUGGUCUAUAGUCAACAGGGAAAGAGUACCCGACUGGAUGUAUCAAGUUGCAUUAAAAAGCUGCUCCAUUAUCACAGGCAGCACGACAGGUGACGUUUUCGAAGAAUCGCUGGUGCCAGUAGCUCGCCUCUUUUACAAAUGCUUCCUGACAUGCAUUCUAAUCAACCUUGGUUUUGCCAAAUUGACGUCCAAGAGGGGCGCUCUAAACUCGAUCUCCACACUUCUCACAAUGUUAUUGGUUUUCCAAUCACCUUCUUCUAACAUCCCCAUGUUCCUAGCGUACAAUGCCCUGAGAAAUUCACUAACGAAACUCCUAGUUGAGGACUAUGGCUCAAGCUCCUUCGUCACAUCAAUAACGUCCCUGGUGCUGCAAUAUUUCACAUUCUUCCAUUUUGGUGGUACCAACUCAAUAGCCACUGUGGAUCUAUCCAACGCCUACCAUGGGGUAUCACAGGACUACAACAUUUACCUUGUCGGAUUUAUGAUGUGUCUCUCCAAUUUCGUACCAUCGAUCUACUGGUCCAUUUUUACCUGGAGAAUCCUCUACAGCGGAAACCAAAAAUGGAAUCGCUUUUCGCACAACAAAUUGACAUUUUUCAUGUUCAACUGCGUCUCAGGCUGCGCUCUCUUACUGGCAUGUCUGAUUUUAAGAUUCCAUCUCUUUAUAUGGAGCGUUUUCAGCCCGAAACUAUGCUAUUAUGCCGCUUGGAACAUCUUCAUGAACCUCGUAAUUGGCUGGAUACUCGAGAUACCGCUUUUACUGAUGAAUUGA